GAACAAACACGCCGCUAUGAGAUCUGUAUAAAUACGCCGCAAAUUAAGCAGUAAUAUUUUGAGAUGCUGUUAUUUGCAGCGCCGUGUCCAUCCUCUCCACUCUUUCUAUCGUGAGCUUGUCUCCUUUCAAAAUGUCGGCAUUUCCUUGCGCCCCCACGACGUUUGGGAAUAUCUCAUUGUUCGGGGCGGAGAUUCUGUCCCUACAGACAAGUUUUGUCACCAAUUACACCACCUCUGUUCCUUCUUCUGUUCGCUUCACCCAGCCAUCAGUCGAAGUGCAGAACGCGAGCUUCUGUAACAUCACAGUAACCUACACCCACCCAGGUCAAGACGAUGUCGUCAACUUCGAAGCUUGGCUUCCCGCAGAGGGAUGGAACGGUCGUCUCCAGGCUGUCGGGGGCGGCGGUUGGGUUGCAGGCCGCAGUGAACCCUUUUACAGCGCCAUGGGAGGAGCAAUAGCUGACGGCUAUGCGACGAUCACGACUGACGCUGGGUUGGGGAACUCUUUGGACGCGAGUCCUUGGGCACUUCUCAGCCCUGGAAAUGUUAACCUAUACAAUCUGCAAAACCUUGCGUCUGUGUCACUCGAUGACGGGGCAAUCAUUGGGAAGUCGCUCAUCAAUUACUAUUAUGGUCGCGGACCAGACUAUUCCUACUGGAAUGGCUGCUCCCAAGGGGGCCGUCAAGGGCUCAUGCUGGCACAACAGUAUCCAACUCAGUAUGAUGGUAUCGCCGCCGGUGCUCCAGGGAUUCAAUGGACCGAUUUCUUCCCUAGCAUGCUCUGGCCUCAGCAGUACAUGAACAUGAUUGGGAAGUACCCUCGUGCCUGCGAACUCACGGCGAUCACAGCCGCGGCAGUGUCUGCUUGUGAUGGAUUAGACGGUGUCAAAGACGGGAUUAUUAGUGAAGUCGAUGCGUGCCUUGAUGCAUUCAAUCCUUUCACGAUGGUCGGUCGAGCAAUCAACUGCUCUGAGGCACCUGAAGUCAGUCGUGCAGCAGCAGCUGUAGUCGAUGCUACGUGGCAGGGGAUGCGCAACUCCCAGGGCGUACAGCUGUGGCCGGGACUGAAUCCUGGUACUGAUCUGGCUGUCGGCGUCGCUGCCACCAACUGCUCCACAGGGUCUUGCAGAGGUGUGCCAUUGCCCAUUGCUGUGCAAUGGCUUUCGUUGUUUGUCGCAAGGAGUUCAGAUUUUGAUCUUUCCAACGUCAGUCAUGCUGAGUUUGACUGGAUGGCACACCAAGGGCGGCAAAGGUACAACUCGAUUAUUGGUACUGAUGAUCCUGAUCUCUCUGCUUUUCGUGAUGGCGGAGGGAAGUUGAUCACCUUUCACGGUCUCCUUGACGAGCUUCUCCCUCCAAAGGGGAGUACCAAGUACUACAACAGAGUAUCUGAUCUUAUCCCGGCAGUUCAUGACUUCUACCGCCACUUCGAGGUACCCGGCAUGGGCCAUUGCGGUGGAGGGAGGAGCGGAGGGCCAACUAGUCUAUUUGGUCAACUCCGUGCAUGGGUUGAGAAUGGCACCGCACCGGACCAUACACUGGUCAAGGUUACUGUUCUGGAAGGAAAUGUCCAAGACCGCAUCUUGUGCCCAUAUCCGCAGAAGAGCGUUGUCGAUUCGGACUGUGAUAGGAAUCUGGGAACACGAUGCUGGUCAUGCGAAGGCAGUUUAUAGGUAUCACUCAAGGUCAUUGCUUUUUUUGGAUGAAAUGGCCGAUCGGCCGUUCAUUGUCAUGGAUUUGGAUCCUCUAGUUCUAUGUCCUUGUGGUAUCAUUUGCAGCACACAUCCGAAAUCUCAAGCGCACCCACUUAGUCGAACAAGCCAUACAGCAGGUUCCCCAAGUUAUUCUAUAACGUUCACUGUGGAGUGUUCGUCUAGUCACUGCAGCUGUUCGAGCAGUCGUGCUUUUCAGCGUUAUAUCUGGAGUGGCACUUGCACUGAACGUCCUGGACAGGGUAGCAGCUGCCAGAAACAGAGCCACGGUGGGGAUCCGCCGCGUUGGUGUUCUUGUAGUUGACGGUGAAGGACUUUCCGAGGGAUCCAAAUUUGCGGUUGAUGUAGAAGAGGGCAUUGCCCUUGCGCAGGCCGUUGUUGCAGUACUCGGCGGGCUCGUUGCGCGCCCAGUUGUCGAAUUGGCCGCAGUCAACCCCGUAGUAGCCGUUCACUGUGAGACGGGAAGGUCAGCGACGUGUUCAAGGAAGAAAGGUCAAAUAUCGAGGAUGAUGGAAACUUACUGGCACUGUCGACUAGAAUCCAGGGGUCAACAUGGUCAUCGAAGCAAAAGUCAAGUCUGCACUGGACGCGCUGGCAAUCGCAGUAGCUGAAGCCGCAAUCGCGCUUCUCCAGUUCGAAGGGGACGUAGUUGGGGGAAGAGAUGGCGGCCAGGAUAGGGGAGGCCAUCAGGCUGGCAAGAACCACGGAAAUAAGCGAAGGCAUUUUGGAAAAGAGCGUAAGUAAAGAAUGUAACGAAAGAGUGUGAUGGUUUCUACAAGCCAAAGAGUGUACUGAACGAAUCUGUUGAUCCUCUGUUCACGAGCUUCGAAGAAUCCGGGCAACAAUCCUCUCUUAUAGAUGCGUUUACGAUUGCUAUUAUUGGACUAAGAACACUUACUCGGAGCAGUCUAACAAGACGGGCGUACCCGACUUAGCUUGUACAACGGUUACGCCGUAUCAAUCAGUGGUUGAUCGUGGUUCAUUCAGUCUCUCGGCCGAUGUGAUAGCUCUGUUAGACUUUAGGCUAAGUGCCGGUGUCCCUGUAUCCGUCGGCCUGUGCGCCCACUUCAUCUGCCCAUAUGGCCAUAGCACGAAUCGUGGCCGCGGAACCUCCUCCUAC